UAAAUCCACCGCAAAUAUACUCGAAUCCACCAAAAUUAGUAAAUCCACCGCAAAAAUCCGGCCCGUGCCAUGCGACCUAUACUACUGUGGUGGGUGAACGGAUUCGAGGAUACAUGGUGUAUUGUGUGGGUUACCUGUGUCGUUAGUGCCGAAUCUCUUUGAUCAAUCUCGUCCAAGAUGGCGGUCAAAACAAAGAGCUUGUCAUUGAUCAAGAAGAGAACUGAAAGGAUAUACCUGUUACGUCAUACUUAAGUGAGAUUAUGUUCAAUGAAAACAACGAGUUGUUUUACAGAAAGUUCAAUACGAGGAGGAAGAACUUGGCUAUUGAUAAUGAUGUUUCUCUAGAGAAUGACAUUCGUUCAAGAUUACAGCAAGCUUUCCGAGGAUCUGUCGUGAUAGCUGCUAAAGAGAACAACGAGAGCACUUUCUCGACACAACUUGCUUGUGUUUCAGAAUUCUUUGUGGUAGAAUGCGACAAUGCCGGACUAGCUGCUAUGUUGUUGAUGACUUUGGAUCAUUUAAGCACUUGCAAGCAUAUUGGAGCUGUUCCAACCGUAUUUUGGCGUAACUGUGGCACUGUUUGUCCAUCAAAUGCGACAGUUAAUUCUUGGAAUUGGUUUUUUGAGCCUUUGAAUCCGAAUAUAGAAGAAAAAGCAAAGAAAGUCUUAUGCUUUGGGAACUAUUUUGGACUAAGAAUAUUGUCUUUGAAACAAGAAAAAAAAAGAACGACAACAAACCUCACACAUCUCCCUGAAUUGUUAAACCUAAGUUUUAAGUCACGCAAUACACCUGGUUUCAAUAAGCUUGACUUGAUCACUCGUGAAAUACGGCUCUGGGCCAAUACAUUGCUAAAACAAUAUGUGAAGAUAAACCCURAAAUCCAAGAGAUCGUUGACAAGUUCUAUGAUAAACAUUUAUUUGGUCACACUGUUCUUGCUGUUCAUGUCAGAGGAACCGACCAUGGCUCAGAAACAGAAGAUGGGAAGUUACCCUCAUUGACUUCAUGGAUUCAGAAUGCUAAACACAUCUUGCAAAGCUUGCCGACACCAAAUAAGAUAUUCAUUGCCAGUGAUAAUAAUGAGAGUAUAAAGAAGUUUGUCAAUGAAUUUGGUAAAAAGGUUGUAUUUACAAAGGCAUUACGAGCAAUCAAAUAUGAUGGUGGGGCAGUCCAUACUUCCAAGUAUGACCCAUAUAAACUGGGAGCAGAAGUUCUGAUUGAUAUCCUCUUGAUGGCAAGGGCAGAUCACUUUUUACAUGCUGAAUCAAGUGUGGCAGCAUUAGUUAGUUACUUCAACCCUGAAAUUCAUACCCACUUCCUGGAAAGCAAGGAAGAGACUAACAAUAAGGAUGAUGCUGUACAGCGCCCACAGUUUGGCCAUGUUGGAGAUAUGAAUGCCGACAUAGAUAAUUUAUACUAUCCUGAGAGUUUAGUAGAUCAACAACAAAAUGCAGUUGACUGCUUUUUUAGGAAUAGCCAGUACAGUGUUUGCCCCAACAUGAAAAAAGGAAUAUUUCUAGACCCAAGAGAAUUACAAGAGCUGUAACACUAAUCAGCCUUGUUAGCUUGCUUGUUUUGUGCUCUGCAGCUCCUAGCCUGUUUAUCUCACAGUACAGAGACAUGCCCUUCAUUUUAGAUUUCAUGUAAAGCCAUAAUUAUUAAUUACAAUUUUAUUUAUUUAGAUUAAACAAAGCUACAAAAUAUGAUAGGCAAAUAGUAAAUAAUAAUAAAAUAUUUGUUCCUGUGAAGUAAA